AUGGGCCUGGCAUAUAACAUAUACCUAGAUUCUAACAAGAUCUACGGCUGCAAGAACUGCAAGACUCACCUAGCCAACCACGACGACAUCAUCAGCCGCAACUUCAGAGGUCAACAUGGCAAGGCGUACCUUUUUGACAACGUAGUCAACAUCACAGCAGGCGAGGCCGGUGAGCGCAACAUGACAACGGGACGACACGUCGUACGUGACAUCUACUGCAAACAGUGCAAAGAGACGGUUGGAUGGAAGUACGACAAAGCAUACGAAACAAGCGAGAAGUAUAAGGAGGGAAAGUUCAUCCUUGAAGCAGAGCUGCUGAGCAACGUGACCUAA